AUGAAGCUGGUUGUGUUUUGCCUGUUUGCAGUGUGGUGCGGCUCUUUGGUCGGCGCGUCGCCGCGUCCGAACGAUAGAACGCUGCAAAGAAAACUAACAGAAGUCCUGAGACAGUUGAACAGUGUGAGACGAAGCCUGCAGCACGGUGAGAAGAUGCUGAGCACGCCGCCGCUGAGUGUCGAGGACUGCUGCUGCCUGUCGGCGCUGCAGUGCUUCCAGGAGAACCUGCACGUGCAGUUCAACGUCACGGAAAGAACGCAAGGAAAGCUUUACAAGAGCCUCAAGAGUCCGAUCACCAAGCGAGGUCUUUGCAUUUCUACCAAAUCAGGAGACGUUCAGGCAACCUGCCAAGACUGCGACUCGCAUCCGAAGGAAAACGCGAGGGAAUUUUUCAACAGACUAGAGUCUCUCAUUCAAAAGGGCAUAACCAGACUGAGCUAGAGGUGGAGAUCUUCAUGUGACCGAGGAUCGACUGUAGAGACACUACGCUGCAAAGAUAUUUUUCUAAAUAUUUAACUUAUUUAUUAUUUAUUUAGAUUGUGGUGUUGAAACCCACGAAAGCUGUGAAGAUUGUAUGCUCAGAAAAGCUGCUUUGCCGCCCCCUAGUGGACUCGCCCCCUCUCAUUUUCACUAAAAGUGAAAGUUGAUUUAUAUGUUGUGGUUCUCAAAGAAUAUAAAAGUAUAUAAUUACAUUUAUGGGAUGUGUGAUUUUUCUUAAUGAAAAAAAUA